AUGCCAAGACCUCGUCGUGCACCAUUUCGUACUGAAGCAGAAAUCACCCGAGAUGCUAUUGCUGAGCUACAAGCCCAGAUGGCCACGAUCACUACCACUCUCCAAGCCAUUGCUGUUCAGCAACAACCACCACCAGUUCGAGAAAAUAUUGAACAUGAAAAUAAUAAUAACAGUAACGUUGGUGACAACGAAGAAAACCCGUUUUCAGAAAUAGAUAACCCCUUUGCAAAUCUACGCAACAACCGUCCCCUGACACAAGACAACGUCCAAAUUGCAGCAGCGGAUAAUCAUUGGGAAACAGGAUUCAAAACCGAGAUACCAGAGUUUCAUGGAAAUUCUUCGGCUGAAGAAAUGCUCGAUUGGAUAGUCACGAUGGAAGAAAUUCUGGAGUUCAAACGAGCUCCAAUGGAUCGAUGUGUUCCUGUUUUAACGAUGCGUUUUCGUGGAAGAGCAGCUGCAUGGUGGACACAAUUGAAGACAACUCGUGCACGUCUCGGAAAACCGAAGAUCAUGUCAUGGGAUAAACUUACAUCGAAACUUAAGAAAACAUUCUUGCCUUACAAUUAUGACCAGCUUAUGUUUCAGUGUCUCCAUACCAUCCGCCAAGGCACCCGAUCUGUGGCUGAUUACUCCACUAAAGUUUUUUUACUUCUCAAUCGAGUUGAUAUACAAGACUCUGAGCGUCAAUUGGUAGCACGAUUUACAGCAGGAUUACGACAACAGAUUCAACACACAAUCAAUCUCUUCCAUCCAUUGACACUGUCAGAAGCACAUCAACAAGCUUUAACUAUUGAGGCACAAACUAAAUCAUCCUUUUCAUCCUGGUCUACUGUUCGUUCUUCUCGACCAAAUCACACUCCGACUGCGACAGAUGACGUUGUUUCUGUCAAAGCAGACACACCCAUUGUUCCAGCUCUUGACAAUCGGCAAACUCGACCAAACUCACUUCGUUGCUUUUCUUGUGGAGAUAUAGGUCACCGACAGUCUAACUGCCCCAAUAGAAACAGAAGAGGCCUCCUCCUUGACACUGCUGGUAAUGACGUUGAAGUAAUUUACGAAGAGGAAGCUGCGGAGCCACAAGAUGAAGUGGAGGUUCUUAUAGCUGAUAGUGGACCAACAUUAAUGUUACGACGUGUGUGUUUAGCUCCGCGUGGAACAGAUAUCAACCCUCAACGACAUAAUCUUUUUCAUUCAAAGUGUACUAUUGGAGGCAAGGUGUGCAAAUUCAUAAUUGACUCUGGAAGUAGAGAAAACGUCAUUGCUGAGGAAGUUGUAAACAAGCUUCAACUAUCAACAGAACUACAUCCUAACCCUUACAAGUUGGCAUGGCUGGAUCGGAAAACCGAUGUACUCAUAACUCGACGAGCAUUGAUUUCUUUUUCGGAGGGUGAUUCAUAUAAGGAUCAGAUUUAUUGUGAUGUUGCUCCGAUGGAUGCUUGCCAUCUACUCUUAGGACGCCCUUGGUUAUUUGAUCUUCGAGUACAACAAGAUGGCUAUCGUAAUACCUACAAUUUUCGUUACAAUAAUCGCAAUAUCACUCUACAGCCUUCUUUGCCCGAGAAACAGCACACACCAUCAGCUCCAGUCCUUCUCUUGCAGCAAAAGGCUUUUGAACAAACACUUUGA